AGAUGGCGACGGCAUACGCACAAGCGAGAGCCAACUGUGCCGGGGGAUAGAAAGUGAUUUAAAGAGACAAUAAUCCGGCUUCUUUGCAAAGAUUUAGCAGUGCAAAGUUUCCCUGAACUCCUUUAGACAUGCUAUAGUCUAUGCACAACUGGUAACAAGAAGCCGCUGUCUUGCUAUGGAGCCUCCAGAUCGCAACGAGCCCAGCAGGCAGGCCAAGCCAGCGGAAAAUGCAUCCCAACAGAACUAUGAGGUGGCUGAAUCCUGGGACUCUCCCAGCGAGGAAGAGGAACCUCUGUAUUGCACAUCACCUCCUAAUAACCCCCGCCAGAUGAAACGUAUGUCAGGCAAACAUCAAAGGACUAGCCAGUCGAGGAAUGCUGGUCGGUCACCAAACAAAGUGGACAUCAGCCCAUCUGUCCAGAGAGAGUGUCCCAAGCCAGCGGAGACCUUGGAGGAGCACAGAAACAAGCACGGCAAGAAACAGCGGGCCGCACAGCGUUCAUCUGAAAGAGACCACAAAAAGACCUUUGAAGGUUCUUUCAUGCUGGAUCCACUCUCCAAGUCCAGCCAUUUUGGUGCCCUCAACAUGGAUCCCAGGAAGCAUUACUUGAGCUUGGGCUGCAGCAGUUGUAAACUUCCCGUGGCCAUGCCCCACAUGGCCCGGACCCACCGACAAACCUCCAGGACGGACUGUCCUGCCGACCGCCUCAAGUUUUUUGAAACUCUCCGGCUCCUGCUCAAGCUCACGUCUAUGUCCUCCAAGAGGAAAGAGAAGGAGCAGAGAGGCUUGGAGAACAUGGCCUUCAUGGGUCACAACAACGAGGUCAUUUGGUUGGAGCUGCAGGCAUGGCAUGCACGCCGUUCCACUGGUGACCAAGACGUGUUUCUUUUCACCGCCCGCCAAGCUAUCCCUGACAUCAUCGCUGAGGUGCUGCACUUUAAGGUCAACUACGACAACCUUAGAGUAGCUCAGUGUUCAGGGUUUCAGACGAUUAAGGGGGACUAUCAGAGUGUCUCGGAUCCUGUCUGUGGAGAGGAAAUGGAGCUUGCUGUAGCAGAGACCAACCACUGUGGGGUAGAUCCCUGGAGCUUUAGUGCCUGCCCCUCAUCGGAGAUGAAUGCAGCACAGCCUUUAGGCUCUGGCGCCGACUGCAGGGAGCACCUUCAGUGCCAGCGGCUGGCCUUCGAGCAGGUCAAGAGGGUCAUGGAACUCUUGGAGUCUGUGGAAGCGUUGUACCCCUCUUUGCAGGCCCUACAGAAAGACUAUGAAAAGUAUGCAGCUCCAGACUUCCAGGGCAGAGUGCAGGCGCUCUGUCUGUGGCUCAAUAUCACCCAGGACCUCAAUCAGAAGCUGCGCGUUAUGGCCACUGUGUUGGGCCUCCACGAUGUGUCACGUAUCGGGUGGCCCGUCUUUGAGAUCCCCUCACCUCGCUGCUCCCGUGGAAACGAAGAGGAAGAGGAUGAGGAAGAGGAGGAAAAUGACUCGACAGCCACUUUUACAGCUGAGAGUGAUGGAGAGGACAGAGAUGCUGAGGAGGAGAGUGCGGAUAGCCAUGUAGCAGACGGGGAGUUGUCUCCCAUCCAGACUCCUAAAUUUUCUCGAUUGUCAUCGGAAGAUGGGUUUCUUCCCGCUGCUCCUUCAGGAAAUCCUGAAGUGAUUGCAGGGGUGGAGGUAUUGUGCCCCACAGCCAUUUACAGACCAUUUGUGGAUAAAGCUCUGAAACAAAUGGGACUGCGUAAACUGAUCCUCAGACUGCAUAAACUGAUGGACCGCUCUCUUCAGAGGGCCAGGGCCGCACUGCUGCAACACACUCCUGCACUGGAGUUUGCAGACUUCCCAGACCCCAUGUUGUACAGUGAUUACCUGCCCGAGCUGUCGCGUCAUCUGUCCUGUAGUAGUCCUAGUGAUCCAGAACUAGGGGCGGACCAGGUGUCCUGGAAGGAUUUGCUCAACAUGGACCUCCCUUCCUUCCGGCCGGCGUUUCUUGUGCUGUGCAGAGUCAUUCUCAACGUUAUUCACGAAUGCCUUAAACUACGCCUUGAACAGAGGCCUGCUGGAGACCCUUCGUUGCUCAGUAUAAAACAGUUGGUGCGCGAGUGUAAAGAGGUUCUAAAAGGAGGCCUUCUGAUGAAACAGUAUUAUCAGUUCAUGCUGCGUGGCGUAGCAACGGAUGCUCAAGGCUUGCAAACGAAUGCCAAUAUUGAUGAGUUUGAAGAAGACCUCCAUAAGAUGCUGGUGGUUUAUUUUGAGUAUAUGCGCAGUUGGAUCAAAAUGUUGCAGCAGCUGCCUCAGGCUUCUCACAGCUUAAAGAACCUUUUGGAGGAGGAAUGGCAGUUCACGAAGGUGAUUACUCCUUACAUCCGUGGAGGCGAAGCCCAGUCUGGAGAACUGUUCUGUAACAUUGCUGGGAUGCUGCUCGAAUCCACAGGAGAGUUUCUUGAUGCUGGUCUGCAGAAAAGUGGAAAUGAAUUCUGGGAAAGUGCAGAUGACAGCACAGCCUCAGACGAGAUCCGGCGGUCUGUUAUUGAAACUAGCCGGUCAUUGAAAGAGCUGUUCCACGAAGCCAGGGAGCGAGCGUCCAAAGCUCUGGGCUUUGCCAAAAUGCUUCGCAAGGACUUAGAAGUUGCUGCAGAUUUCAGUAUUACCAGCGGGGUGUCUUGUCUCCUGGAAACACUGAAAAAGAGAAAUUAUGUCAAGGUUCAGAUUCCAGGCUUGGAGGAGCUCCAAGUUUUUGUGCCUUGUAGCUUGAUGGCUCAGCGGCCUCUGAUACUGCAGCUGUUGAAUGCUGCCGCCGGCAAAGACUGCUCCAAAGAGCACGAUGAAAUCGUUGAGGAUGAUGCCUACCUGCUCAUGAGCAAACACGGGGCGGGUGACUCUGCUACUGAUUCUGACUGGGCUCAGUGGGACGGAGAGCUUCUCAAACUGGUCCCGCAGAUGGAAACUGUUGACACUUUAAGGGCCAUGAAGGUGGAGAACAUGCUCUUGAUAGUGAUGCAGUCAGCUCACCUGGUAACCCAGCGAAAAGCUUUUCAGCAGUUCAUGGAGGAUGUUCUUACUCUUACCCGGGAGCAAACGUCGAGUCAGCCUCUCAUUGCAAGCGCUCUAGAAGAUCUCAAGAACAAGGCCCUUCAGCUAUGCAUUAAGAUCAGUACAGCCAUUGACCAAGUGGAAUACAUGUUCACUACGGAGUUUGAGGCAGAAGUGGAGGAAUCCGAGUCAGCCACCCUGCAUCAGUACUACAGAGAGGCAAUGAUACAGGGCUACAAUUUCGCCUUUGAGUACCACAAAGAAGUGGUGCGCCUCAUGUCAGGGGAGUUCAGGCAGAGGAUCGGGGAACGCUACAUAGCCUUUGCUCGCAAGUGGAUGACUUAUGUCCUCACUAAAUGUGAGAGCGGCAGGGGCACCAAGCCCAGGUGGGCGACUCAGGGUUUUGACUUUCUUCAGGCUAUUGAACCUGCGUUCAUUUCUGCAUUACCAGAGGACGACUUCUUGAACCUACAAGCCUUGAUGAAUGAAUGUAUUGGACAUGUGAUUGGAAAACCUCAUAGUCCAGUUACAGGACUGUACAUAGCUCCCAGGAAUAGUCCUCGUCCCGUGAAGGUUCCUGCCCCCGUCCGCUGUCAUAGCGACCCACCAAACCCCAAUUUGUUUAUCCCUAAUCCUGAAGGUUUCAGCUCUCGAAGUCUCCCCUGCGAUCUCCGGAACCAGCUGUUCCCCAACGGCCCCCGGCCCGGCCCUCAGGGCCCGGGGGAACACAGCCACACCAAAGCACCCGGCAGCAUCCCCAAUGACGUCAGGGGAUCUAGUUUCCAUGAGAACGAUCGGCUGUCAUCAGUCGCAGCAGAGUUGCAGUUUAAAUCCCUGAGCCGUCACUCCAGCCCCACUGAGGACCGAGAAGAACCUUCAUAUCCAAAGGGAGACCCUAACAGUUCUGCACGCCGAAGCUGGGAGCUCCGCACCUUCAUCAGCAAAGACAUGGCAGCACGGCAGAGCCCCAUGGAGGCCGUCCGGCGCUCUAUACGCAAGUUUGAGGAUAAGAGGUAUGCCGUGAUGAAGCAGCGUAACAUCAUCGGUCAAGUUUGUCACACACCCAAGUCCUAUGACAACGUCAUGCACGUUGGGCUGAGAAAGGUGACGUUCAAGUGGCAGAGGGGCAACAAGAUAGGUGAAGGCCAGUAUGGAAAAGUGUACACCUGCAUCAACGUUGACACCGGCGAACUUAUGGCUAUGAAGGAGAUCCGAUUCCAGCCCAAUGAUCACAAAACCAUCAAGGAGACGGCAGAUGAACUGAAAAUAUUUGAAGGCAUCAAACACCCCAACCUGGUGCGAUACUUUGGAGUAGAACUUCAUCGGGAGGAGAUGUACAUCUUCAUGGAGUACUGCGACGAGGGCACCCUGGAGGAAGUGUCCAGACUCGGCCUGCAGGAGCACGUCAUCAGGCUCUACAGCAAACAGAUCACUACAGCCAUCAAUGUCCUCCAUGAACACGGCAUUGUCCACCGUGACAUCAAAGGAGCCAACAUUUUCCUGACAUCAUCUGGCCUUAUUAAGCUGGGUGACUUUGGCUGCUCGGUCAAGUUGAGGAACAACACUCAGACCAUGCCAGGGGAGGUGAACAGCACUCUCGGAACAGCGGCAUACAUGGCACCAGAGGUCAUCACCAGAGCAAAGGGGGAAGGUCAUGGGCGGGCAGCAGAUAUCUGGAGUUUGGGCUGCGUCCUUAUUGAAAUGGUGACUGGAAAGAGGCCUUGGCACGAGUACGAGCAUAACUUCCAGAUCAUGUACAAAGUGGGCAUGGGCCACAAACCUCCGAUCCCCGAGAAGCUGAGCACGGAGGGGAAGGACUUCCUCUGUCACUGCCUGGAGAGCGAACCCAAACGCCGCUGGACCGCUAGCAUGCUGCUGGACCACCCCUUUGUAAAGGUUUGCACAGAUGAAGAGUGAUCGAUGCCUCCUCGUUGGCUUUAUGUUUACAAACUAAAGCACUACUGCUCAUGCUGUUGGCAAAAGAAAAACUGAACUGUGGACACUGAGAAGGAGCUAUGGCUGAAAGCACAUGGAGUUAAACUGAGGAACUAAUACAAUAUAAUUUCAGAGGACAAUUGGAUCUACGGAGUAUAGGAUUGUUCUUUAUGCAUCCAGUGACCUGGGGGAGGAGGGUCGGGGCUGGGACUGUGUACAUACUGUAAGAAUAGGAUUGGCUUUAAUUCAUGUAUAAAUAAUAUUGUAAAGUUAAAGUAACUAUUGCCACAUGUUUUUUGUUCCCCCUGAAAAGGCAUUGAGGGACUUUUUAUUUUAUUUUUAAAUAAAUGGGGAGGGGAUGGGAGGAUAUCUAUAGCACUUUUAAACUGUUUACCCAAGGGGACAGUUGAGAAGGGCUGAAUUUUACUUCGGUUGCCCUUUUUGAAGCUGAGAAUGGUGUGGUAAGCCUCAGUGAAAGGAAGGAGGCGCUGGUUUACCUUUUUAUGAAAUGAAUACCAUCCAAAUAUCCACACAUAUUUAUCACUCGUCAUCCAGCGAAUGCCAGUACAAGGAAGGAUUCUUUUUUUUUUUUUUAAAUGUAUAUUCUCUGCCUUCGCUAAUGACAAAAUAUCAAGUUGGAGCAAUGUUCAAGUCUACUGGUCACCGCCGAGGAGCUGCCCAUGUGACUGGAGCGAAGCCCACGACGAGGACAAACUGGGCCCGCUCUCCUCCCUGCUGCUGAACACAACCGAACACACACUGACACACACCACAACUUCUGGUCCUGUGCUGCUCUUUCAGUUUGCUAUGUACAAACAAUAUUAAUAAACAAAUCGUCUUUUUUUUUUU